AGCUUUCCUCUAACGAAACUCCGACAGUGCGCUUUUAGAGUUCGAGUAUACUCCAUUAGUUCCGAAAACAUACACUGUUGCGUAAAAGCUCGAGAAAUUUCAUUUUGAGCGUGUCGUUAAUGGGGUUGGAAGUUUGCGGUUGGUAAAUAGUUUACGGCUCACUGGAUGUUUGGUCUGUUCGUACUAAAUUGAAAUGUACAAUGCUUCUGGUUUUAUCAACACUACUCACUUUAUUCCAGUACAACGACUGCUUUUCGAUCAACGAUUGUAGUUUCAAUUCGAUGUGUACUUGCUCGUUUGAUGAACAAGACAUCACUACUAAAACGAUUCAUAGUGUCAGUUGUCUUCUAGUUCCUUUCUACAAAUUUCCAAAUUUACCGGAAGGUAGUAUUAGUCAACUAGAAGUCAUUGGGACGAAAACGACGAUCCUCGAAUCGGAGAGUUUGGCAGGUUGCCAAGUACAGGCACUUAUCCUUACAAAUAACCAUCUUCAGCAUAUCUCGGAAAGAGCUUUCAGUUCGUUAUGGAAAAGUCUCACAUCAUUAGAUCUCAGUUACAACAAACUGGACAGUAUUCCUCUUGUGGCGCUCAAAGAUAUUAGGAAUUUGCAAUGGAUCAAUUUACACGGAAACCAGAUUACUUCCAUUGUCGGUGCCUGGUCUCACAUGAAAACGUCAGUUUCAACAUUAUUCCUCGGCGAAAACGACAUAACUUCAAUUCCAAAUGAGACCAUGCAUCAACAAAGCCUCCGACAGUUCAAAUCACUAAUAUGGUUGAACCUCGACGGAAACAGAAUAUUGGAUAUCCCCAAAAACUCAUUACCAAGUUGUUUGAAAACAGCCAGUCUUUCAUAUAAUUUAAUACAACAUUUCCCAUCGGAAGUGAUUGCACAUUCACCGUUUCUCCAGUGGUUGUACCUACGGGGUAAUCAUAUAAGACUGAUUCCACAAUACACUUUCCCUAAUUUGGUAUACAUGGAAAAAAUAGAUCUAGCAGAAAAUUUCAUAAGUACGUUACCACCAUACGUAUUUAACAAUUCGUUGCAUAUCAGAGACAUUAAUCUGGCUUUCAAUGAUUUUAGAAUGUUAACAGAUAACUGUUUUUCCGGUCUCAACACUGGCAGGAUCAUUUUAUCUUAUAAUUCUAUAGAAAAAAUGGAUUUAGAUGCUUUCAAUGGUAUCACACAUUCAUUAGAAUACCUAGAUCUGGACCAUAAUAACUUACAACGAAUUCCUCAAGGUCUAAGAAGAUUAAAUUCGCUCAAAUAUCUAUAUUUAUCGUCCAACUUAUUAAGAGAUAUCGAUCCAACAGCUUUUGAUAAUUUUUCUCAUAAUCUAAGAGCUGUUAGUUUAAGUGGGAAUCAACUAUCAGAGAUACCUUAUGAAGCUCUACAAAACUGUACAAAACUAUCUCAUUUUAACAUCGCUUUUAACGAAAUAUUUAAUAUACAAGAUAAUACAUUUCAAAAUUGGGCAUCAACAAUAAAAAGUUUAAUUUUGGCCAAUAAUAGAUUAAACAGAUUAGAAAGUGACGUUUUCAGCUCUCUAACGGAAUUAAAGGAACUAAGUUUGAGUUUCAAUCCUCUCAGAUACAUCGAUAAAGAUGUUUUUAGAGGCUUGGAGAAUUUAGAAAGUUUAGAAAUGUCAUUUAGUUUAGAUAAUGUUAAAUUAAAUUAUGAAAUAUUCGAUAGAUUAAAAAAUUUAAAAUGGUUGUGUUUGGAUCAUAAUAAUAUCGAUGUUAUAUAUCCUUCAUCGUUGCUAUUAUCAGAAUUAGUAUAUCUAAAUUUGGAAUUUAAUAAAAUUAGAAAACUUCCAAAAACUUUUUUGAAAUCUAACGUACACGGUAAAUUACAGGAUAUUCGAUUGUCGCACAAUGAAUUAACUGUGAUAGAAGCAGAUACUUUUCGAUCGUUAGCUAAUUUAGAAAUUAUAUUUUUGUGUAAUAAUAAAAUAAGAUAUAUACGAAAAAAUGCUUUUUUUAACCUACCAAAACUAACUACUAUCAUUCUAUCACAUAAUGAGUUAACUGACAUUAGUCCUGAUGCUUUCACAAAUUUACAACGUAUAGAAAAAAUUGAUCUUAAUAAUAAUUUAUUGAAGGAAGUUUUCUUUAAUUUUUUCACGAACAUAUCCGGUACGCUACAACUGAAUUUCAGUAGAAACGAAAUUGUAUCUUGCAAUUCGGAUUCUAGAUUUUUGAAUGUUCAAGUUUUAGAUUUCCGAUUUAAUAAUUUGGAAAAAGUUCCUGUUUGUAUUGAAAGAACAUCUGCUUUAAGAAAACUUCAUUUAGAUCAUAAUGUUAUAGCUACUCUCGAUCAAAACACUUUUAUGCAUCUUACGUCUUUAGAAUAUUUAAGUCUUCAACAAAAUAAAAUAAAACUAGUUGGAAAAAAAGCGUUUUUCGGUCUACAAAAUCUACAGUCUUUAGAUUUAUCUAAAAACUUUAUAAAUCAAUUACAUAUUGGACAAUUUGCUAAUAUGUCCCAACUAAGAAUUCUCAAUUUAAGCGGUAAUCAUUUAAGUUAUCUACCGAAAGAAAUUUUUAAAAGUACUCGCGUCGAAAUGCUAGAUUUAAGUUUCAACACUUUUUCAUUAGUACCAAGUACAAGUCUUUCUGAUAUUGGUAUUUCUUUGAGAUACAUUUCCAUGAGAUCAAAUAACAUUGAACACAUUGAUAUAACUACUUUUCCAGAUAUUACCUUAUUGCAAUAUUUGAAUUUAGCGAAUAAUAAGUUAACUAUACUACCUGAUAAUGUUUUUACUAGCUUAGGACUUCUACAUACACUCGAUUUAAGUUCUAAUCCUUUAAGAUCAAAUUUUAAAGAGCUGUUUCAUUAUGCGCAAACGUUACGCUUUUUAAAUUUAGCCAACACCGGUAUGAUGACCCCGCCGCAUUUUCCAUUACCGAAUUUAGUUUCUCUAAAUUUAUCUUAUAAUAACAUUCAAAUUAUAGAGAAAAUUUCAGUACAACAAUUAACUAAAUUAAAAAUUCUAGAUUUAAGUCACAACGAUUUAAUACAAAUACCUUCACACUUGUGGGUUCAUCUUCCUAGUAUGAAAACUUUAGAUUUAUCCUUUAAUCCGAUCAAGGAAUUAACAUUAGACAGUUUUGUAAAUCUUCAUAAUCUACAAGAACUUAAUAUACAACAUUUGCAUUAUCUGACUAAAUUUGAAAGUAAAGCUAUUUCGCAGAUUAGAAUACUUUCGAAAUUGUCGAUGCAAACGUGGCCGAAAAUUGAAAGUUUUCCUGAAGAGAUGUGCCAAAUGCUUUCGAACAUCGAUCAAUUAAGAGUAUUGAAAAUAUAUUUUACGGAAACUGAAUUAACUGAUCAAUUACUUUGUAUAACUAACAGGAAGUUAAGACAUUUAGAAAUAACAGGAAAAAAUCUCAAGUUUGUGAAUAAGGAUGCUUUCGCAAGAUUCACUAAAAAUCCGGAAUUGUUAAUUGAAAUUCAUGGAACGCAGAUAGAAGAUCUACCGUCUGGUUUAUGUUCUAACAUGUUCAAAAUCGCACAUUUAACUCUUAGUUUUAAAAAUAAUAUGUUAACACAUCUACAUCCGGAUAUCUUUUAUGGAAACUCUAGCAGAUGGAAAUCAGUUGGUACUACUUUAAUUUCUGGAGGAUUGCUAUUAUCAAACAACCCUUUUCGUUGCGGUUGUCACCUUUCUUGGCUUAGUCAUUGGUUAAGAAGAUGGAUGAGAGAAAGUUUGCAAUUCCAUAAUUCCCCAGUAGAGGAAGUAAUCAACAUGAACGAAAUUAUAAAAGAAUCUACGUGUAUAGACACUAGUAGUGGUAAUCGAAUUCCGAUAAUAGAUUUGGAACCGGAAGAUACGAGCUGUCACGCAAGCGCUCUAAGCAACGGAACAUAUUCAAAUAACGCAUCUGUGAUAUAUAUUAUUUUUUUAAUAAUAACCAGAUAUUUAAGGUAAUUUUGAGAGUGCCAUGUAAUGUAAUUAAUCCGAGAAUAAUUUGUUAUUAAUUAUUUUAAUACGGUUUACAAGAAUUGAAUGUACUUCUAUGGAAUUUUCACAGGGCGCUAUUAGAAUUUAUACUUGCGGAAUAAUUUUAAAUUAAUUAUUUAAAUCAUAAAAAAAUUUCGUAGCUGCAAUCAUCGCAAACAUUUUUCCAAUACAAUUCUUUGAAAUAACAUAACGUAAAUGAAAUUUCGGUGCAAAUUUUUCAGUUUCUCUUGUCGAGAGUAAAAUCUAUGUACCUAUUGGAGUCCGCUUGACUUAAACCAUAGCGAUUCUGUAUACUUUGAAUUGUCGAAAAACUAGAAAGCUGGCAAGACUGUAUUUUUAACUACCACCAUCCUUAAGUGCAAUCUAAAUAUGAAUUUGCGCGCUAUAAUCUACUAUAAUUUCAAAAUCAUCAAGUAAUAGUCCAGGAAAUAGGUGAAAAUUUGGUUAAUGGUUCUGAAAACGAAGCUGGGUGUAUAUUUUUAAAUAAUUGGACACGCCCGUAUUUUGCAAUUUACCGCACGUCUCUAGUACUCAUAAUAGCGCUGAUAUAAAUUGUUAAAAGUGGAAUAUUCUUACCCCGCCCUCAUUUCUUUUUGCAACGUGCCAAUCGCUUGCUUACGUUACCAACACCGAUUCAAGUAUCGUAUUUUUUGUCGGGAUGUCGAAGGUUGUUAUAAAUAUCGUAUUGUACCAAAAGAUAUCAACACCACUAUUAGGUAAAGUUUUUCCAAUAUCAAUUGCAGAUUAUGAAAACUUAUAUAAAAACCCUUGCCGACAAUUUUGUUCUGUAUUCGUUAAAAAGACAGAUUCACUUAAUUGUAGUCCUAUAUGAAACUUGGAAAAAAUCAUUAUUAUACCUAGUUAACUUGCUACAACUGAAUAUUGAAUUAUAAAACGUAAAUAGACGAGUAAAAUGUACCUAUCUGUGAGGGCGUUUGGUUUAAACAGGGUACCAGAAGUGAACUGAGCCCUUUUUGUAUCCCUUUCGUUUUUUUUUCUAGAAAAUGAAACUUUAAAGCAGAAACCAUAAAGGAAAAUGAAUUCUUUGUCAAUAAAAUAAAAGAAAAAACAUUUCAAUUCCAAUGUAUCUUUAUAAAUAAUAAUGGUAGUCAGAAUCCCCUGAACUAAAGUCAUAAUUUGAUUGAAUUAUGAAGGGUUGUAAAGAGGGCGAUACCACGUACUCACCUUUGGAUAUGGAAUAGUAAGGAGGUAGUCUAAGAAGAGUAUGGCCCUGUUCUUUCCACAGCUUGUCAAUAUAAUAAAUGGCCUCUAACUUCAUAUCUUUAAUAACAGUAAGCAAUUCUUUGUUUAUUGGUCCUUUUUUACGAUCGCUGACAAGAAUAGGAAUAUUUUUUUCAGGCGCAUAGUUUUUCUCGGAAAUUAUAGUCACAUAUGUGUGCCAUACACUUUAUUGCGUUUGAAUGCAAAUCAUUUCCUGACAGUCCACAGGCGAGGGACGCGAUCUGACUACGAUUUCUAGCCACGCCUGGCGCACACUUGGGUGACACGGUUUCGGAAUCGGACGGACGAUGUAAACAUAACCUUUAAACUAAAGGUGGAGGCUAUUGUUGAUAUUGGAAAUCCUCCAAUAGUUGUAUCUACAAAACUAAAGAAGGGUAAUCUUAUCUGGAAAAGAAAGGGACAGAUAAGAGUUUUAAAAUGGCACGAUAAAUAAGAUGUUCUUAUGAUUUCAAGUACACAUGUGCGUUGGGUAUCUAUAUAUCUUGUCUAUGAACGUCCCAAAACACGUUUCCGUCACUAUUAUAGUAUUUGUGCAGUGGCGUUUAGAAACGAACGUGUUUUUUUCUCGUGCCGAAAACCAUGUGUGACGAAAAACAUGAGCAAAGUAUCAAUCUCAAAUUUCUCGGUAAAUCGAAAAAAGCUCCGACUGAGUGCUAUAAAUUGCUCCGAGAGGCUUAUGGGGACAAUUCUUUAUCUCGUGCGCAUGUUUUUAAUGGUGUAAGCGCUUUAUUGAGGACCGAGAGAGUACUGAACAUGACCUGCACCUAGGUCGCCCUGUGACUGUUUCAACUCCGGAAACGGUGACCAAAAUCAACCAAAUUGUGCGUGCAGAUCGUCGAAUGAGAAUCAAUAAAGGACAAUAAAGGUAGUCCUAUAGAAUAUGUCUAUCUCCAUGCAUAUGGCACAAAAAUGUAGAAUAGGAUUUAUUGAAAAAAUCAAUGUUCCAUUCGUUCUCUUAUGUUUCUAGUGUUUUAUUUGAGUACUUUUUUCAAAAAAUUUUUUAUAAUAUAUGCUCGUACAUUCAAAAAACAUUUUUAUUUAAUUUUGAGCAUAAAAUCCUAAAAUGUGAGCAUUUUCUUCAAAAUAUUAAGUCACAUAAGUGUGAUAUGUGGUUUAUUUCAAUAAUAUUUUACCUUAAACUAACAACACAUAUUUGCAGGGCCGAGCCGUGCCGGGUAGCAAGGGGUGCAUGUCACCCGGGGCACUAACUCACGGGGCGGCAAAAGGCAAAAUGUCUCUAAGAAAACAGAACCUUAUCAUGCAAAAAAUAUUUAGUCGCAAAGCGCCUUUCUUUGAAUGAAAUUUCGACUAGGUACACUAAUAGGGCGGCAUAUUUUGUUCUUGCACCCGGGCGGCGGAUACCCUAGGCUCGGUUCUGCAUAUUUGUAACAUAAUAACAAAAAAAAGAUUAAGUAACACUAAACACUAAAAAAACCAAAAAUAUUUUUGACUAAAGUUAUUUUACACGAGAAAAAAGCAGUUGGUUUAUAGCAUCGCCAAAUUUAGGAAUAGCCGUCGUGAACGUGUUAAGGAAUUGUAGCGAGUGGUAGGAUGCGUUGUCUAUAACGAUUACUGACUGUGGUAGAAUGUUAGAUAAAAACUAUUCGUUAAACUUCUUUUCAAAUAAUUCUGCUGACAUAUUUUCAUGAUAAUUAGCAGCACACUUUUUAAUUUUUUCAGCAGAUAUUAAUAAAGCAUUUGGCAGGAAAUCGUCUUUGCUUCCAACUUGUACUAUUAUAAUUCUUUUCCCUUUAGAGCAUUGCCCAUCCAAACAGUAAUUUUUACUAUUGUCUAUUAGAACUUCGGUAGUCUUUUAUCUGACGAUAAUAAUCUUGUCGCCAUCGAACUAUCCUUGACGAUUCGGUUCUUAUCCUCCGUUUAUUCAGUUUUUUAUGUUCAAAACCACCUGCUGACAAAACUUGACGCAAUUUUUCCAAACUGGAAUAAUUGUAUUCUGGAUAAUCUGCUACGAUGAAUUAAAUUAAUCUCACAACGCCAUUGCUUAUCGCAGACCUUUUGGCUGGAAUAUUUCGAAGAAAUUGUGUACAUACGCCUUCCGACAGCUUCGGUCAAUAGAAAUGCAUUUAUAUUCUCGAUUCGAUGUUAUCAUUGGUAAACAGUGGAAAUGAUGAUUCCACGUGGACUGACGGUUUGUUAGAUGUUUACCGAAUUCUAUAUGAGGAGUAAACAUUAUUUUACAUUUUUUAAUUUGGUUUAAUUGCCGUUCGUAUUGAUGAAAUAUUGAGUGUUCCUCGCAUAACUGUCUUCUGCAAUUGAUAUUGGAAGAACUAUAGAAGGUUUUAGACAAACAUUGAGUACCGCUUCUGUAGUGCAAAAACAAAUAAAUUAAAAGGUAUAUAUGUUCGUCUGAUAUAAUUUUGUAUACCCAAUAAUCCAUUGAAAAAUCGUUAUUGCUUACAGUAGAUAUUGAAUUAUGUAUUCACAGUGAUUACAAACCAUUCAAACUAGUAGCCAACAUACGGAUCAGUAAUUAUAUACGAGCUCUCAUACAUCAGUUCAAAUAGAAACAUUUUUGAACAGUUAAAACAUUGAAUCGAUAGGUCCUACGUCGCCCAUUCUUUGUUUGAUACCCAAUGAUGUUUUUAUUUCCGCAGAUCAAGAAUAAAUUGCGACGUCAACUUUUUCUACAUUUUGAACAAUUGGUUCAAACUAAUGCAAAAUUAUUAUUGCUUUUAAUAAAUAAUAUUUUGAAAAACAUUAAGUCAUAUCCAAUUAUAAAUAUUUAUGUCAAAAUUUAAAUAGUUAAGUUAAGACUCUCGACAAGAAUGGUCAAUGUUUUCUAUUUAUUUCCAAAAAUUUCCUAAAAAACUGAAAGCACUGAAAGCACGUACCUUAGAGACUAUGAAUAUUGUGAAAAGGCUCGCGUGGAAAUCUUUCGUUGUACAAAAUUUCCUCAGAAAGCAUAAAGCUGAUAACUAUAUAGAAAUAGUAGAAGACACGCUAGUUCGAUUCAAAAAUUUAGGCUGUGAUAAUACACUAUCUCAACAAUCGCCUAGAUCAAUUCCAACACAAUUUAGGAGAACUAAGAAUAUUUAAUUUUCGAAAAUCUUUACACUUAAGGUAGAGUAUUACCAAUAUGGAAAGAUCGACGAUGGGCCAUUCUAAAGAUAAAAAUAACCAACUACAGCAAAUGUCAGGUAUUACUGAUGCAAUUGAAAAUUUGAAAUGGAACUGGGCUAGCCACGUAGCUGGGGCAGAAAAAUUUUAGAGUGGAGACCUCUUCACGAUGCACAGUAUAGUAAUUGCCGUCCAUCAACGGGAUUGACCGACGAUAUUAAGAAAAUGCCAUCAAAUUGGAUGAAUACCAUUUAGAACCGAUACAGAUGAAUUCAAUUACAGAAGGCUUAUAAUAAUGAUGACGAUGAUGAUGAUAAUGAUGAUGAGGAUGACGAAGUUUAGUUCACUAUAGAUAAUAAUAAGAUAAUUAAAAGCUCUGCAAAUAUUUUUGCCGUCACGAUAUUCCAUUACAGGAUCGUAUAAAGGUGAAUAUACAAAUUCAGCUCACUAGGAAUUUUUCCGCAGAUAAAACCUAAGAUAACUGGACUAGCAGGAGUGGUAUAUAAUUUCUUCAUCAAAUAAUUUUAUUUUUAUUUUCGGUUACCUAUACAAUUCGUUAUGUAGCCAAUUAAUAAUUAUUUCGUGCUAUAUAUAAAUUUGGAAAAAUUUACGUACAUGGUACUCUUCAUGUAAAUAAAGACAUAUAUUUUUUUAUUGUAAUUAUCUGUAAAUAUAUACAUAUCGUAGUAAUGUUAUCUUUAAAUAAAACUACAUAUUCAAUU